AUGGCAGGCGAUGGCGAUAAUUGGACGAAGAAAGAGAUUUAUACAUCGGAACUGCGUGUCCAAGGCCGUGGGCAGGUUCCCUCGAUCAUCUCCGAAGACACUGAAGUAUACAUCAUAAUCGCAAACGCGGAAACAAUUGUGCAAUGCCAACAAUGUCGCAAAACUUUCAUCAACACAUUCUGUAUGCCCAAGACCCUCUGGUCCCCGUCAAUCCGCAACUCAAACGGCUACUUCGGAUGUGAAGCAACAUACGAUACCAACUCCGUCGCGGGAUUUAAUACAUGGGCCUACUUCGAAAUCAAACACGUAGAAGAAGACCUACAAUACGACUGGUCCAAAGCAAACACCUUCACACGCUGGAUAACCCACACCAACCAAACAGCCCUAAUUUACUUCGACCCAACCCAUCGACUAACCCAAACCCCCGACCUAGAAGAAGAAUCACCCGACAUCCUAAAAGACCCCUUCUGGACCUACGCCCACAUGCUAGAGGAAAUUGUCAAACUACAAGAUUCGGCCGUCUGGUCAAUCCGCGACCACGUCCGCGCUCUCGAGAAAGCAGAGAAACCCCCCGGCAGACCCCAACCCGAUUAUCGCCGUCUCCACGAUAUAGGCCGACACGCAGUUCACGUUACGGAAUCCCUUGAUGUCGCUGUGCAGACCAUUGAGCAGCUUCUCCGACACCACCAGCGCUACGCACAUAAACCUCCAUCAUCAGCUCUCAUCUCCACAGAAAGCUUGAAUGACGAUGAUACUACUACUGCUCCUGCUACUGGUAGCACUAGUGCUGGCGCACUAUCCCAAUCAACAUUCCAAUCAAUCCAAUCCCGCCUCGAAUUCAACCAAAGCUGCCUAACAAGCCUCCGCCACCGAAGCACAGCCAACGAAAAGCGCCUCGCGCACGAAAUCCAACUAGCCUUCAACACAGUAGCCCAACACGACGCAAGUCUUUCCGUGAAAAUCAGCCACGCAAUGAUGUCCGACAGCACGGCACUCAAAACGCUCGCAUUCGUCACUUUCGUUUUCUUACCGCCAACAUUCAUCUCGUCAAUAUUUAGCAUGAGCUUUUUUAAAUAUGAUGAUGGGACUGGGUUUACGAUGAGUGGGGAGAUUUGGAUUUAUUGGGCUUUUGCUCUUCCUACGACGAUUGUUAGUACGCUUAUUUGGCAGUUUUGGCAUAAGAUUUCGCCGAGGCAGAGGAGGGAACGACCGCUUAGGAAUGCGGCGACUUUUGAAUUGAGGGAUCUGGUUUAG